AAGGGUUAACAAGUCCCCACAAAUCCGUGGUUUCCUUGGAAGGAAAGUGAACGAGAUGGGACGUAUGUUAUCAGUUUCUUUGUAAGAACAAUCUAUUCAUUAAAAUCAAUGCGGUGGACUGGGAGACUGAAGCCGAUUCCAAAUAAAAAUUUCAAUAUUAUGAUUAUAAAUAGCAAUAAUAUGUUGAUUGAAUCUCCUUCUCGGCGCAAUGUUGUCAUUGUCGCAUGCAUUUUCAUCUCCUGUUUAAUUCUGUACGGUAUUGUCGAUUCUCUCCGGUUCCUGCCCAUCUCUGUCUCUGGUCCUUCCUCUGCUUUUCCUUCCAUUUUCCCUUCUGUUAUCAGCACGACCGAAUCUCUUCUGGUUAGUGAGGAAUAUAGCCUUGAAAAGGUUCUGAAGAAUGCUGCCAUGGAUGACAACACUGUAAUAUUAACAACUUUGAACGAAGCAUGGGCAGCUCCUAAUUCAGUGUUUGAUCUUUUCCUUGAGAGCUUUAGAAUUGGAUAUGGAACACGAAGUCUUUUGAAUCACUUGGUGGUUAUUGCUUUUGAUCAAAAAGCAUUUAAACGUUGUUUGGUUGUUCAUAGGUAUUGCUUUGCCCUUGUCACUGAUGGUGCGGAUUUUCGUCACGAGGCAUACUUUAUGACUACUGAUUAUUUGAAGAUGACGUGGAGAAGGAUUGAUUUUCUAUGCACUGUUCUUGAGAUGGGGUACAAUUUCAUUUUCACGGAUGCUGAUGUCAUGUGGUUCAGAAAUCCAUUUCCACGAUUUUAUUCAGAUGCAGAUUUCCAGAUUGCAUGCGAUCACUUUCUAGGGACCUCUGAUGAUCUACAAAACAGACCCAAUGGAGGGUUCAACCAUGUGAAGUCCAAUAAUCGAUCAAUAGAGUUCUACAAAUUCUGGUACUCUUCGAGGGAAACAUAUCCUGGUUCUCAUGAUCAAGAUGUCCUAAAUUAUAUCAAGUUUGAUCCUUUAGUUAUGGAUAUUGGACUGAAGAUGAAAUUCUUGGAUACUUCUUAUUUUGGUGGGCUAUGUGAACCUAGUGAAGAUUUUAAUGUAGUUUGUACAAUGCAUGCAAAUUGCUGCUUUGGUUUGGAUAGCAAACUUCAUGAUCUCAGAAUUAUGCUUCAGGAUUGGAGAAGUUAUUUAUCUUUACCUCCAACUUUGAAAAGAUCAUUGAUUUUGUCCUGGCAGGUCCCUAACAAUUGUAGUCUUGAUUCUCUUCAUCAUUAUGAUUCAUCAAGUACAGGCCAACCAGAAGGGAAGAAAUGAUCACAUUGAUUUAUAUUUACACACAAAAUUCAGUACCAGGCAAGCAAAAGGUUAAAGUUUGUGGUAACCAGGCAACUUAUUGAUAACUUGCAUUCUUUCUUAUCCUACUUACUCAGCAUUUUAUCGUAUCUGCUUCAUUCCUUUGUUUCUUUCAUUCCCAAUAGAAAUAUAAUUUCAUCUUUUAAUAUUAUGGAAAGGGAUGAAAUAUUAUACAUUAUUUGUAAUAUAUGCUUUGUUCAUAAAACAAUUGUUUGAAUUUCUUUUA